AGUCUCCCAUCUUCCUGCUCUCAUUCUUUUUCUCCCCCCCUCCCACCUCUUUUCUCCAUAUAGCUCCCAGACUCGCAAUUAAUAUACCUAUUUUCUAUCCUCUGUAACUUCCACAUAAUACUGCCACCAUGUCCACCUUGGAAGACCUCGAUGACUUUGAGCGUGAACAGAGAGAGAAGAAGAAGGAUCAGGGCGAUGGCGGCGACCGAAAGCCCGAAGGCGACGGAGAUGCAGAGAUGAACGAUGCUGAUGCCAAGAAAAAGGAUGAGGAGGAUGAACUGCUCGAUGAGGAGAUCGUUUCCUCUAGCACAGCAGAUAUCGUCAAGAGGCGGCGAAUGUUGGAGAACGAAUUGCGGAUAAUGAAAAGCGAAUACCAGCGCUUGACACACGAACAGAAUACGAUGAGGGAAAAGGUUAAAGACAACCAAGAGAAGAUCGAGAACAAUCGACAACUACCCUACCUUGUCGGAAACGUCGUUGAGCUGCUGGACUUGGAUGUCGAAGCUGAAGCCGCUGAGGAAGGAGCUAAUAUCGAUCUCGAUGCUACCCGAGUUGGCAAAUCUGCUGUCAUCAAAACCUCAACCCGCCAGACCAUCUAUCUCCCAUUGAUCGGUCUCGUGGACCACGAGAAGCUGAAGCCCGGCGAUCUGAUCGGUGUCAACAAGGACUCAUACCUAGUCUUGGAUACGCUACCGGCCGAAUAUGACAACCGCGUCAAGGCCAUGGAAGUUGAUGAGAAGCCGACGGAGAAGUACACAGACAUUGGUGGUUUGGAUAAGCAGAUCGAGGAAAUCGUCGAGGCCAUCGUUUGGCCAAUGAAGGAAGCCGAUCGCUUCAAGAAGCUCGGUAUCAAGGCACCGAAGGGUGCUCUGAUGUACGGACCCCCCGGUACCGGUAAAACACUCCUCGCCAGAGCGUGUGCCGCCGAGACGAAUGCCACAUUCCUGAAGCUCGCCGGUCCCCAGCUAGUACAGAUGUUCAUCGGUGACGGUGCCAAGCUUGUUCGCGACUGCUUCGCCCUUGCCAAGGAGAAGGCUCCUUCUAUCAUCUUCAUUGACGAGUUGGAUGCCGUCGGUACCAAACGUUUCGAUUCCGAGAAAUCUGGUGAUCGUGAAGUGCAACGAACCAUGUUGGAGCUUCUUAACCAGCUCGAUGGCUUCGCCUCCGAUGAUCGGAUCAAGGUCCUCGCGGCCACGAAUCGUAUCGAUGUGCUGGAUCCGGCCUUGCUCCGAUCCGGUCGUCUGGACCGCAAGAUCGAGUUCCCCUUGCCCAACGAGGAGGCUCGCGCCAACAUUCUACAGAUUCACUCCCGCAAGAUGGCCGUGGAUGACGGCGUCAACUGGGCGGAACUGGCUCGCAGCACUGACGAGUUUGGAGGUGCGCAGUUGAAGGCUGUGUGUGUGGAAGCCGGUAUGAUUGCCCUGCGCAAGGGCAUGAGUAAGGUUGGACACGAGAACUACGUUGAUGCCAUUUCGGAAGUACAGGCGAAGAAAAAGGACACCAACAUGGGUAUCUAUGUUUAAGAGUAUCAUAUCUUUUUGCGUCACGAUAAUAAAUCCCACGAUGUUCCUCU